GACUGACGCUAGUUUGGCUAAUGUUAGGCUCGCUAGCUAACGUUUCUUGCUUGCCUGAAGAUAGCCGAGCACGCUGAGUGGUAAAUCAAUCAUGGAAGAUAAUACCAAGCACAAACUAAAAAUACAUAUUUUCCACAACUUGAAAUGUAGCUAACUAUUAUAUACAGGAAUCAAGCAGAGUUAAACGCUUAUCAUUAACCAUUUGGACAUCGUUUUAUCGCGAAAGGGAAGCGUGAGUUGGUCAGUGAAUUGUAGCUAGGAAAACCCCAUCGAUAGUUAGCUAGCUAACGUUAGCGUGCUUGGUAACGGUAAAGCAGAAAGCGCACAAUUCUUCAUGGAUUGCUCGUAAAACUUUUAAAUAUUUUUUUGUAACAGGAAUGUGUUUGAAAAUGAGGGAAUCUUUUUUUAUUUUAACUAGCUAUCGAGCUAUAACGUUCCAUCUGAAAAAUGUCAAAAUUAUAUGAACAUGCAUGUUAACGAUGCUAUAACGACGUUAUAAACAUCUGUCAAAGCUCAUGUCUUGAAUAUGUUGGGUUGCUAACGUUACAUUAUUGCGUCACGAAAGCCAUCAGAUGGGGACUAUAUUACACUCGAUUUCUCGAGUUACUGUGGCUUUGUCAUAGGAGCUUGCGCCAUUCUCCUUGGAGACGGCAUCGCAGAAAUGUGGGUAGCUUGCUAAAAAAUACAGUGUUAGGGCCUAUGAGGUGGGCAAUCUUGGCAACAUCACUUGGCACGGUCACUACCGAAGAAGUCUCCCGAAACGGAAGAAGUGAAAGGAUGAACAACAUCAACAAAAGCAGACCCUCCAGCUCCGCCAGUUUCUCCUCUACCGCAACAGCAAGUGCCCUUGAUGAUGACAGCACCAGCCUCAGGCAGCAGAAGCUGGAAAAGCAGAGGGCGCUGUUGGAGCAGAAGCAGCGGCGGAAGCGGCAGGAGCCUCUGAUGGUGCAGCCCAACCCAGAGGCCCGGCCCAGGCGCUCCAGGCCUCGGCGCAGUGAGGAGCAGGCCCCGCUGGUGGAGUCGCGCCUCGGCAUCAUCAGCGAUGUCAUCAUGGACGGUAUCGACGGCCCUGCUGCCUUCAUGGGCUCUGAGGCCCCAGACCUGGGUACCAAGAUCCAGAUUCUGUCGGUGAGCAAGUCCCAGCCCCUGUCCCAGCCGCUGCACCAGUCUCCCCUCGCCGAGGAGCCUGACCGGGACGGGGACACGGAGACUCUGCUGGAGCCCAAGACGGACAUCCAUGAGCUGCUGCAGAAACGAGAGGCGUGGGACAUCUCUCUCAGCCCCUCCCCCUCUCUGAUUGACCCCGCCAACGGCAGGGUGGUCCAGUUGGUUGGUGCAGUGGAGGAGGGCCCAGAGGAGGGGCAGGAGGAGGGGCCAGAGCGCCCACUGUCUGCCAGGGAGAAACUACUCCAGUCAGGUCUGUCAGGCAGUAUGAACUACGAAGAGGCCAGUGAGGAUGAGGAACACGGUGAUGAAGACCGGCCACGCUCGCUGUCCCCCAACCCAGAGUCAACACGGCCUGCGUCUGCCUCCAGCGCAAAGUCCAACACAGAGUGCGUGACACCGGGGUCGCCCACGGCGGAGAGCGCCCUGAUCGAAGUGGACAACCUGGAGGAGUUUGUGGUGCGUCCCGCCCUCCGCGGCGUCACCGUCAAGUGCCGCAUAUCCCGGGACAAGAAGGGAAUGGACCGCGGCCUGUACCCCACCUACUUUAUGCACAUGGAGAGAGAGGACGGCAGGAAGCUGUUUCUUCUGGCUGGGAGGAAGAGGAAAAAGAGCAAGACGUCCAACUACCUGAUCUCAGUGGACGCCACGGACCUGUCACGCGAGGGAGAGAGCUUCAUGGGGAAACUGAGGUCUAACCUGAUGGGGACCAAGUUCACGGUGUAUGACCAAGGCACCAACCCCUGUAAGAACCCUGGAGCUUUGCUGGAGGAGAGCAACACACGACAGGAACUCGCAGCCAUCUGCUAUGAGACCAACGUUCUGGGGUUCAAAGGUCCCCGCAAGAUGACCGUCAUCAUCCCAGGCAUGAACAUGAACUUUGAGAGGGUUCCUGUCCGUCCAAACUGUGAGCAGGACAGCCUUCUAAGUAAGUGGCAGAACCAUUCACUGGAGAACCUGAUCGAGCUGCACAACAAGGCCCCCGUGUGGAAUGACGACACCCAGUCCUACGUGCUCAAUUUCCACGGCCGCGUCACACAGGCCUCCGUCAAGAACUUUCAGAUCGUCCACGACAACAAUCCGGACUACAUCGUAAUGCAGUUUGGCAGAGUGGCCGAGGACGUAUUCACCUUAGACUACAACUACCCCAUGUGUGCCCUGCAAGCCUUCGCCAUUGGCCUGUCCAGUUUCGACAGUAAACUGGCCUGCGAGUGACCAACCCCAUCACGACUCCUAACUCGCCAUUCCCUCCAUGGCCUUUUCACCCCCCUCCAGGACAACGCCAACUCCACAACACCGCCCCUCCCCCUCACAGGAUUCAGCGCCUUCCUUGUACAGCUCACCAGCAGUCUGCCACUAUGAAAAUAAUCAUGAAUUAUGACCUCUCACCCGUACGUGGUACAUCCAAUCAUGGCACACUAAUCACGCUGACUUGGAGAGCGGAUGAAGAGAGUGGUUGUGUAAAAGAGAGGACUAAAGCAAGUAGAUUUGGGUGGAGGAUAUAGGAUUUUCCUUAUCGGCAGAAAAAUGAAAUUACCGUCCACAAAGGGAAACUGGUCACAAAUCAUCAAGGCGCCUUUGUUUUCAUUUGUAUUUAUCUGUCGUUCUGUUUCAUUGAGUUUGUAUUGCUUUUUGUUGCUUUAGCUGUUGUAUAUUGGUGAUUUUAUGUGUAUUGAAAUUGGUUGAAAGGGAAAAAUGACACCAAGCAUCAUAGACCAAACACUCCCUGUUAGGGACAGGACUUCUAACACAGACUAGACCAGGUCACAGGAGAUGGUGUCUUUGAUUUAUAUCAGAUUUGAAUGUUUUAUAGGCCUCAAAACAUGUCUGAUGAACUUAUGAGUUUGUUCGUUUUUAGCAGAUGUUUUUAAAGUUUCCUUUAAUGUUGAUUCCAAGUGUCAUUUUACUCCCAUUUUACAUUAUGUUGCCUUCUACAAUCACUGUUGUGCGAUUCUUUUGACGAACUCUGGAAACUUUAUGGUCUAUAUCCUAAAAUUCACCUCACUGUCGUCAAAUGGUCACGUGUUUUCGGUUUCCAGCCAUUUUGCAGCAUCAAGAUGUUCAACAAUUCUAACGUUAAUAAAAAAGGGUUGACAUAGUUUUUCUUCCUCUUAAAGAUGAAUUUCUCGUAAUCACAUUUAUUUGCUUGCAUAUCAGAAAGUGUUGAAGUCAUGCAUGUCCAUCCAAUGUGUCCUCAUCUGUUUCCUUGUUUUAAAAACACAUGUUAGUAAAAGUAUCUCAUUAGCAUUCUGAGGAGUUUGGAAGGGAACAUUUCUUACUGCAAUUCCUUUGUACAUGUCAUUUUGUGAUGUCUUAGCCCCAUGUCAAGUUAAAACCACACGGGAAAGUCAAUAGAGUUGCCCAGCAAGCACGAUUAAAGGAUUUCAUUCUAGUUUUAUGUAAGAUAUAUCUAAAUGUCAUUUCAAUGUGUGGAAUACAUAAGUUGGAAUCCAAACAAUAGAGCCUGGAAUCCAAACAAUAGAGGAAUAUUCCGUUUGGAUUCCAAGUGACAACGGUCGCCCUGUACUCAGUCUACAUUAUAUGCCAAACUUAUCUACCCAUGUAAAAUGACACCAGAUUGAAUAAUAACACUACAUUUGAUAUGUACUGUAGCUGGAAGUGUUACUCUGUUCAGCAGACUACACUUGUACUGUACCAUGAGGUCAUUGAGAACCCACUGGGCAAGAACAGGUUGAAUCCACAAUGUUUCUACGUCAUUUCAACCCCAACAUUUGAGGUUAUGACUUUGAAUCAACAUGGAACACUGAUUGGAUUUGCAAAAAUGAUUUUUUUUUUGACUCAACUUUUAAAUCCAAUGACUGGAUGAAAUGUUUUGUUGAUUUUACGUUGAAUUCACGACUCAACCAAAUGUAAAUCAAAACUAGAUGUUGAACUGACGUCUGUGCCCCGUGGGAAAUUACUUUUGGGGUGGCAUUUAAGGUGCAAAAUAGUUCAAAUAUGUGCAAAAAAUAUAUUUAAAGGUGACCAUAAAAAGUAAUUUAAGUAGAGUUUUUAGUACACUGAAAAAUGCAUAAAUAGUGGCCUUUUGUACAACGCUCGUUGCUGAAGAAAAGUUUAAAAUCACAAUGCCAGAUUAUUACUUUAACAGUAUUUUUUUGCACAGGUUUGAACUAUUUUGCACCAUGAAAAAGUCACCCUUGAUUAAAGUUUCAGCUGGAUGGAUGUGCUAUAGAGAUGCUUCUGUCCAGUAGUGUGAUUCUUGUUCUUGGAGGAUUAGGAACAUUCCUGGGGUAGCCUGCAGGAUGCAUUUGAUUCCUGUCCACUGAUGUGUGACAGUGUCGGGAAAGUUAAUUCACAAGAUGUACUGUUAGAAAGAGGGAAAGGGUUUGUUUGUACAAAAUAUAUAAAAGAGAGAAAUAUACCGUUUUACUACAAGAUAUUUAAGGGGAAUUGCAUUCCAUUCAUAACUUAACUUUCUGACAAUUUUUGGGGAAUUGAAUUUCAGAAAUAUGACUGUAAAUUGAAUAAAUGAAGAUAUUGUAAAGUGAACAAGACUCCCCUUGUAAGUUUAAGUAAUGAAUGUAUUUAGUAAAAAACAUUUAUUUGCACCCUUUCUAAUUCUCUACUUUUGCGUAUGUUUUAUACUAAAUGUUAUCAGAUCUUCAACCAAAACCUAAUAUUAGAUAAAGGGAACCUGGGUGAACAAAUAACACAAUUACAUACUUAUAUAAUUUAUUUAAUAAACAAAGUUAUGCAACAUCCAAUGCCCCUGUGGGAAAAAGUGUCCCCUUAAGCUCAAUUACUGGUUUUGCCAGUUAGCUGCAAUGACUCCAACCAAACGCUUCCUGUAGUUGUUGAUCAGUCUCUCACGUCACUGUGGAGGAAUUUUGGCCUCCUUGCAUGCAGAACUGCUUUAACUCUGACCCUUGAGAUUAGCUCAGGACUUUGACUAGGCCAUUCCAAAACUUCAAUUGUGAUGCCUUUUAGCAAUGUAUUUUUGUUUUUUUUAUCUAAUAUUGGGUUUUGGUUGAAGAUCUGAUAACAUUCAGUAUCAAAAAUAGAAAGGCGGCAAAAACCUUUUCACAGCACGACUGUAUAAACGUUCAUUCAUAGGCUAGGUUGUAGCAACCUCAUGAUGGGUAUAGGGAAAAUGUUAGUAUCAUGUAGUAGCCUAAACCUAUCGGUGUUACAUUCAACUGGGUGAAUGGAAUAUGAAUGACAGUCAUCCAAUAUUCUGUAAUAGAAAUAAUGCCAUGCUUGUUUAAAAAAAAAAUGUCCUCCCUAAUCAUAAACAGAACCGACUGCCCCUGAUGUAUUCAGUAAACCCAUUUAUUUUCAAUAACAUGUUGAAAGCAACAUCUAGAACUUUACAUUUAUUUUUUCUAUAUGACCAAGUGUUACAAUUGCUUUGAUUAUUAAAACAUUUAGAAAAUA